AUUAAUUUAAGAAAAUGAAAGAGUAGGAUUGUGACAUUGAAAUAAACCAGAAUUGGUCCAAAGUCAAACCAACCAUCUGUCAGUAAGUCACGUUUGGCAACCAAAGUGAUUAUAUGUAUAAUAUAUGAUCCUUGAUAACAAGUUAUUAUUAUUGUGGUUGGUAAAACUCACAUGGAAGAAGGUAAUAGUUUGAAGAUGAUGUUUCCUAUGGAGAAGAGAGCAUUGGAUUGUCUUGGUAAAGGUUUUGAUCUAACAAGUGAUUUUAGAAUGAAAUUUUCAAAGGGAUUAAUUAAUGGUGGAAGGUUAGUGGUGAUUGAUGAAAUGAACAAAAGGGAUAUUAUGGUUCCUGGUGGAGUUGUUAUUCAAGAUGUUUCAGAAGAUAUUCGAUGUGAUAAAGGUGAUCGUGUUCGGUUCAAAUCUGAUGUUCUUCAAUUCAAUCAGAUGUCUGAAAUGCUUAAUCAGAAAUCAGCUAUACAAGGAAAAAUUCCUUCUGGUUAUUUUAAUGCUGUGUUUGAUUUAAGUGGUGAUUGGUUCCGCGACGCUCAAGACAUCAAAUCUCUUGCAUUUGAUGGUUACUUCAUUUCUCUUUACUAUUUGCACUUAACUGCUUCACACCUUAAACUGCAAGAAGAAGUUAAGAAAUCUGUUCCAGCGCAGUGGGAUCCAGCUUCAUUGUCCAGGUUUAUUGCGACAUAUGGUACACACAUAAUAGUAGGUAUGGCUGUUGGAGGUCAAGAUGUAAUUUGUGUCAAACAAAAACAUUCUUCGAAGGUUCCUCCUGGUGAUCUCAGAAGACAUUUAGAGGAUUUAGGAGAUUUUUUGUUUUCAGAUUUAAGAAGCCCUUCUCUACUAGAGAGGAAGUCCACAACAGAAGCAAAACAAAAAGUCCCGGAGGUUUUUAAUCGUGUGAUGCAAUCAAGCACAAUGCAGUUCACAAGUAUUUCAGAAACGUCGAGCAAAGAUGGCCUCACUAUCAUUUGUUCGAAAAGAGGAGGAGAUGUUUUUAAGCACAGUCACUCAAGUUGGCUUCAAACAAUGACUUCUAAUCCUGAAGCAAUCCACUUCAAAUUUGUUCCUAUUUCAUCACUUCUCACAGGAAUUCCUGGAAGUGGCUAUCUUAGUCAUGCAAUCAAUUUGUAUUUAAGAUAUAAGCCCUCUCCAGAAGACUUACAAUACUUCUUGGAGUUUCAAAUUCCUCGAGAAUGGGCACCCAUGUUUUCUGAUCUGCCUUUGAGGCAUCAAAGGAAAAAGACUUAUUCUCCUCCACUGCAAUUUAGUUUCAUGUCUCCAAAGCUUCAUAUCAACUCUACACAGGUAGUAAGUGAACAAAAACCUGUGGUUGGUCUCCGAUUAUACUUGGAGGGAAGGAAAUGUGAUAAACUUGCAAUACAUAUACAUCAUCUUUCAAGCCUCCCAAAUACAAUGAUCCUUUCUUCAACCGCUACAACAAUGUCGCGAGGAUCCGACGAUGACGAAUCAAGUGACCAAUUCGCGGAACCAAUAAGAUGGAAGAGAUUCGCGCACGUGUGCACUUCAGUUGUUAAGUAUGACCCUAACUGGUUACAUGAAUCAAAUUCAACCGGUGUUUAUAUCGUAACCGGUGCUCAACUCAUUAGCAAAGGGAAUUGGCCAAGGAACAUGCUUCAUUUACGCCUUCUCUUCACUCACAUACCAAAUUGCAGCAUCAGGAAAACAGAAUGGGAUGCUGCACCAGAGACUUCAAAAAAAUCAUCAUUCUUCACAAAUCUAAGCACAACAUUUUCAUUCACACAACAAAGUGUUACUGCUAAACAGAAACAGGCACAACAGGCUGCUGCAACUGCACUAAACUCUGGUGUUUAUCCGAAUGGUCCGCCUGUGCCUGUUCGUUCUGCUAAAAUGCUUAAAUAUGUGGAGACAAGUGAGGUUGUCCGGGGACCUCACGAUGCUCCUGGGCAUUGGUUGGUAAUUGCUGCUAAGCUUGUGACAGAGGGUGGUAAAAUCGGAUUACAGGUCAAGUUUGCAUUGUUAGAUUACGAGUGAUAGAGUAACCGAUCGAGACUAUAUGCAGAGAAAUAAUGUAAAUGCAAUUUUUUGUUUUGCUUAAUUUUUUGGUGAACAACAUAGAGAACACAUGUAAAUAUAUAGGAUACCUUUGUAUAGUAUACAAAAUGAGUGGUAGUGAUUGACUUUGGCCAACAGAAAAAUCAAAAUGUGGAUGUUCUGCAUUUAUUCAUUCAUUUUACUUUGCAA